CCAUCGUAAGUCGUGACUAUCAAUUCUUUUGAAUCGAAUGCUAUUUUCUUUAGUGAGUCUUUAGCGUUAUUUUCUUUCAGUUGUUUACAAAACUGGUGUAAAUUCAAAGAAGUGCGCCAGGUGCUGGUGGCUGCCAUAUUGAUUAAUACUCUCGGACCACGACAGAGAAGCGUUCGUCACAGACCUCCCAACCACAGCUGAAAUCAACACAUAUAUACUAAUAUACCGGACCACGAAGGAUAUAUAUAUUUGGAUAGCAUUUGAUGGGCACAGUUCGAUCUCAGCAUAACCAUGUGACAACAAAUAAGUCAUCGCCAAGGGUUGGAGAGUAUAUUCGAUCUCAGCCAGUCAUGUGAUCAAUCGAUUGAGUAUAAUCCCGUUCAAGAUGGCUGCGAAUGUGCAGUCGAUGUGUCAGUAUUGGCGAAACUUUGAUUUGCAAGAGUUACAGAAAGAUCUUGACACGACUGCCACAGAACUCGCCAAUCGCCAAGAUGAAAGUGACAUCUCCAGAAAACGUCUGGUGGAACAAAGUAGAGAAUUUAAGAAAAACACACCUGAGGACAUUCGCAAAAUAGUAGCUCCAGUUUUAAGAAGUUUUCAAGGCGAGAUCGACGCUCUUUCAAAACGCAGCAAGGCAGCAGAGGCAGCAUUCCUCUCCAUAUACAAGAAAUUAAUAGAUCUGCCAGACCCAGUUCCGGUGCUGGACCACGCACUGCAGAUCCAGAAGAAGGCACAGCGGGCCCAGGACCUUGAACUGGAAAACAAGCAGCUACGGGAGACACUCGACGAGUACAAUCAUGAGUUCGCUGAAGUAAAAAACCAAGAAGUGACAAUCAAGCAGCUGAAGGAACGUUUGAAGGAUCAUGAAGAGAGAUUGGAGUCCACAGCUGAAAACAGGGCCAAAGAAAAAGAACGGGAACUUCAAAGAAUUUUUGCCGAAAAGGAACGCCAACUACAAGAAACUCAGUUGUCUGUGGCCAAGAAACUCGGAGAGGCGGAGCAAAAGAUCUCAAACUUACAUUCAGCUCUUGAAAGCGUGCAAACUGAACUCUUUGAGGUCAAGGCCAAAUAUGACGAGGCAACAUCUGCAAAGUCCGAUGAGAUGGACAUGGUAAUGGCAGAUCUGGAGCGAGCCAAUGAGCGUGCUGCGGCAGCAGAACGUCACGUGGAGACAUUGAAGACACAUCUGGCAUCGGCCAAUCAGAACCUAGCACAGGCAGAGCACAUGCAGACUGCACCUGAUAUGGAGCAGGCCAUUGACAUCCUGAAGAGAUCCAACCUGGAGGUGGAGCUUGCUGCCAAGGAAAAGGAGAUUGCCCAGCUGGUGGAGGAUGUGCAGAGACUUCAGGCAUCGCUGUCGAAGCUGCGAGAGUCGGCAGCCAGCCAGGUGUCACGGCUAGAGGAGGAAUUGACCGCCAAGAACAAGGCAUUCCGCCUGCUGGAGGAGAGAAUCAAGUCUCAAGACGACUAUGAAGAGAUCAAGCGGGAACUGAACGUCAUGAAAUCGGUUGAGUUUGCCAGUCCGGAAGAAGAGGAAGGGGAGACAACUCAGUCAUCCAAGUCACUUGAGAUGCUUCUGCUGGAGAAGAACAAGACUCUACAAUCAGAGAACACCCAACUGAAGGUGGCCAACGCAGACAUCAAAGGGCCGCCUGACACACCCACUCCUCCUUCUCCAGCUGAAGAUGUGCCCGACGGGGCCACCACCGUUCCCGAGGAUUCCGCGGAAAAGUGCGUGGCACCUCUGAGACAAACGCCGUCAUCACAAACCCCAUCAUUGGCCGACUCAGCUGCCGAGUCGCCCGUGUCAAACGGAGUCGCGGAAACUCCUCCUUCCACCACAUCUCACUCUCUUGCCAGCCCUGACGCCCACCUCUUCCACCCCCCACCCUCACCAUACUUUGCAUAUCCUAACAAUCAUAUGAAUACAGGCUUUCUAUCCCCAAGUGUUGUCAAGACAGAAGGCAACACUCAACAAGGGGGCUUGGACACUACUUAUGUUGCCAAAAAUGUGCGCGAGCUCCUAAGCAUACACAAUAUAGGGCAGAGACUGUUUGCCAAACAUGUGCUGGGCCUGUCCCAAGGAACUGUCAGCGAACUUUUAUCAAAGCCAAAAUCGUGGGAUAAGCUAACCGAGAAGGGUCGUGAAUCGUACAGGAAGAUGCAUGGAUGGGCGAUAGACGAACGCAACAUUUUGGCUCUCAAGGCCAUCUCGCCCAAGAAAGGUUCACAACCCCUAGUGUCAACUGUUCCCAAAGAGGACAAUGCGACAGAAGAUCGCAUCAACCAGAUCCUUAAUGAGGCACAGGCUGCCAUGCACAUGAAGCAAAGCCUUGAGCAGCAACAAGUUGCGAACGCGGUUGUGACAAGCAUCUACCAGCGUGAACUGUCGAAGAUGGUUGGGUCGGAACGCGAUACCCGCGCCCCACCUACACCAGUCUCUUCCUCCAAACCCCAUAGAGAUAGUGAGAGCACACGGCGGAGUUUGGAUGGGGGUCGCACAUCGCGGAACUCUACCAGUUCCAUUGAGAGUGAGGCAUCUGCCCAGGAGAUGGUUGCAAGGAUAUACAGACAAGAGCUGGAGAAACUGGCUCGGGCUGCAGAAAGUCCGGGAAACAUUGCUGCCAGUUCCAUGUACCAGCAGGAGCUGGCUCGGAUUGCCCACCAGGCUCAAAUCACCAACCUGCACAGCCCCAUGAGUGCACAUGACCAGCCGAGCUCUGCAGAUGGACAGAACGGUUUCAGUGUGAAAGCGGAACCGCCUGACAGUACAUCGGAUGACACUACAUCUCACAUCAACAACUGUGGACCAAUCGAUCUCAGCAAACCGCAUAACUCACCUCCCUCAUCUACAUCCUCCUCUUCGGAUACGCCUCACUCCGACUCACGCCAUGCAGGAAGUGCCUUCUUUCUUGUCCGCCCACGCAUGAAUGGGCAUGACAGUUACGAAAACCCCCACUUUGCCCAGUACGGACCCCAUGCUGAGAGCCUAUCGCCGCUCCAACGCAUGCAGAAUAUAGCGAACUCACUCAGCUCACGCCCAAAUCUCAAUGUGCCAACAUCAAAGCCUCUCCGAGCAGUGCUGCCACCCAUAACACAAGAACAGUUUGACAAAUAUUCUAAUGUGAACACUGAUGAGUUGGUGAAAAAAGUGAAAGAGACACUUAGUCAGUACUCUAUAAGCCAAAGAUUGUUUGGUGAGAAUGUGCUGGGACUCUCACAAGGCAGUGUUAGUGACUUGCUUGCCCGCCCCAAACCGUGGCACAUGUUGACACAGAAGGGGAGAGAACCCUUCAUCCGCAUGCAGAUCUUCCUGGAGGAUGCCGAGGCCAUCCCCAAACUGGUGGCGUCGCAGUACCGUAUCCCCCCGGACAAGCUGAUGCGGUCCCAGUGUCCGAACGUGCAGGAGUCAGGGGUGCCAGUGCCAAUGCCGAUGCCCGUCUCCAUGGCAGAGCCUCCACCUCCUCUGCCCACCACCUGUCCUCCUACUGAGAAGACUUCCUCUCGUCCCCCCAACCACCGUAGCUCUGCACCACCUAGCCAUGCGCCCUCUCUCGCCACGGCAGCUGCUGUUGCCGCGGCAGCAGCGGCAGGUGACGUCGUCUUCUCUCCUCACGAUCCACCUCCACGUAACUGGGGCAGUUUGGCUUUCCCCUCCUCCACUCUGGAGGUGAUCGCCAUGACGUCUGAGAUCGAUACGCUGGGGCUCACCAGUCGAGUUAAGGAUGUACUGCAGUUCCACAACUUAGGACAAAAGCUUUUCGUCGAGGCUGUACUUGGCCUGUCUCAGGGCUCAGUUAGUGAGCUUCUGUCAAAACCUAAACCAUGGCACAUGCUCAGUAUCAAGGGGAGAGAACCCUUUAUCAAAAUGCAUCUAUGGCUACGGGACCCUCAGAGUGUAGAGCGACUAAAACAUUACCAAAGUCAGAUGAAAGCUCACCGACGCAGGAAGAGCAGCAUGGAUGAACGGUGCUUUGACUCACCCACUCAGCCAAAACGUCCUCGAGUCUUCUUCACAGAAGAACAGAAGGAUUCACUUCGCCAGGCCUAUGCACAGGACCCGUACCCUAACCAGAGCACCAUUGAAGCAUUAGCUAAUGAUCUGGGUGUUGGUGUGAAGACAGUAAUAAACUGGUUCCACAAUCACCGGAUGCGGGCGAAACAGCAACACCAUGCUGGCGGGGGAGGAGGCACUCCCACGCAGAGUGACGUCAACAGCAUCAAGGCAGAGCCUCAGGAUGAAAGCUCCAAUCAAAGUGACAUGUCUAGUGCAUCAGGGGACACAAACCAGUACCAAAGUUAUCAAAACAACGAAACGAGUCAGUGGAUGUUUCCACGCUUUGAACCGGUGGCUAAUCCGGGAGGUCAGAGGUCACCAGAGAGCAGGAACAACAACUCAGUGAACAAUGAACAAGAAAUGGCAGAUGAUAAGAACGAUUCCGAGGAGUCAAGGGUCGACAGUGUGAGUGAAAGUCAGGUGUUGCCCGAUUCGGACGACAAGAACCUCCCUCCCCCACCAACACCAGCCUCGGGUGUUAAUAAACGAAAACGGUCAAACCCACAGAGAGUGUACGAAGGAACGCAGUUGGAACGAAUUAAAGCAGCAACUAUUAAGAAAGCGGCCAACGCGGAAAAAUUUGACGGUGAUGAUGAGGCGGAGGAGAAGGAAAACAAGGAUGUUGAGGAGAACAGCAACGACAGUAAUAGUAACAGUGUGACGGACCUGACCUUGAAGCGGGUCGAGCAUGUCGACAAGAUCGAGAAAUUGCAACGUGCUAUUGAGACAGUCGAGGAGAACUGGGAAGAAAUAGACCGUGAUGCAAGUAUCGAAAAACUACAGAAAAACAUCGAAUCUAGUGAAGAUGAACAUUGGGAGUUCUGAUUGUGUUUAGCAUCAAGGCCUGUGUGUGAGGGGUUCUAUGGCUGAUGGGUGGUGUACCCCAGCCUGUGUGCACAUGCACACACCAAACCAGACACACCCACACACAUGCCCUUUCGUUCGCUAAUUAUGACAUCUUCUAUAAUCAUGGCAUGGCUACCAUUCUAGACUGCCAAGGGUAAAACGACAACAAUCUAUUUUUGUACUCAUCGUAAAACUCAAAUAUAUUAUCUUUUCUACCUUCUGAUGUAAAUGAUGGUGUUGUGCAACACGUGUACAGUCUAUAUCCAUUUAUAUACUAAUUAUUUGUGCCAAGUCGGUGGGUUGUUGACAUCAUGACCUGAUGUUGUACCUCAUGGUGUUGACUCUGCCUAUUGCCCGGCCUGGUCAGACUGUGGUCAGUGCUGCGCUCUCGUUAGCAGGUACAGGAGUUCUAACUCUCAUAUCAACACCUGUACGUAUAUCUUAUCGGCUUUCUUUUAUAUUCAUCAGCAGCCACUGACCACUGUUUGAACAGGAGGAAGGCAAAGUCAAACAUUGUUAAAGUGUCUGUGGACUGGGAUGCAGGCUUAGACAGGCUGGGAGGGGGACACAUGGACAUGUCAAGCCCCCGACCCUUCUGGUCCUGACCGCCCUGCUGGUGACUGCCUCACUCCUUCGUGUCUCGGGGCCCUGCUCACUCACUCACUCACUCACCCAGACAAUCGCAAAGAAACUCACCCAGUAACUCACCCAGAAACUCACCCAGCAACUAUACCAGUAACUGACCCACAGGGUCUUUAGAUGACUCAAGUGGAUGGAGUAAAACAAUAGGCAGAAGAAAUCUGUUUAUUGCAAUACUGCACUGAGACUAAAGUUUUCUACCCUGUUUUCUUUUGAUAAUUGAAAUAAUUUUAUCGUUCAAAUUAUGACUGUUUUCAUAUUGAGGAGUUUGUCCAGAGACUACUGGUAUUUUGAUCAAUAUAUAUUGAAAUUCGUAUGUCUGUAUUUUCUGCUUCUAUCAAAAACCUGGACAUUCAUAAGAAAUGUUUUUCCAUUUUGUUGGUGCCUUUUGCCUCUGAUCUCUUUUGAAAGGAAAAUUUACAAAACUGAUAAAAUGAUCUGUGGUUGAAUUGAGGGUGAGCCCAAAGUGUGGGUAGUGUAGUGGUGAGCCUGUCACUCUGUGUUGCCCUGAACUAAGGGGGCUGUGGGGUAGGCGUGAAACUGGCAGGGAUGAACUUGACUUGCAAUGUAAUGGGAAGUUCCGUCACUACCUGCAGAGCUUUCUGAUGUUAAACAAUUGCCAAAAAUAACCAUCUGAUCAUUAAUGUCAUUAUCGAUUGAAUAUUUUCAUCUGUUUAACACAGUUUUAUAUUCAGAUUUGUUUUGUCUGUAAUGGAGUUUCUUUCAUUGAACUGGGUCAGAUUGUGUCCAUUACAUGCAAGUCAACACCCAUUGGGCACGCAGUGCCACUCUUGUCACCAGCUUCAGUUGUCUCCCUUUGUUCAUACAGGGCUGUCAUAUCAUGUACUAAUAUUGUGGUGCUAAGCUUCAGUCUGAAGGGAUUGAGGUCCAUGGAAAUGUAGAGAUGUUUUAGUCUUGUGUUUCCAAUGUUAAAUCAUAUGUCAAAAUAACCCUGAUUGUUAUGCUUGCUAGACGCACAGCUCAAAUACAUCACUGCUUUGCAGCAGGGGCUGCAUGUCAAUGAUCCUUUCUAGUGCUCUCCUUUCCUUCUCAUUACAAGGGAGAUAACUCCUUUGCUAAGGGGGACAACUCCUUUCUUUCAUCAUGGUCUUAAAGUGUGACAGUUCACCUCUCAGGUGUAUUGGCAACAAAGGGGGACAAUCUGGCUGGAGUUUGUGUUGUGUAUUCACUUCAAGUGAUUCCUCUUUCUUUACAGUUUGGAUAUUGUGGGAAUGAACUUUGCUCACUGACUUCAGAUCACUGUACCUAUCUAUGCACUAUGUCCUACUACAACAGCUAUUUCCGCAAUCUUCCACUUCAAUAUAUGCACACCAAAGAUCUAGUCUUAUUGAGGAGUUGUACCCUUACACUUACUUUUACAUUGUAUAUUGUUGUAUGUGUCGACCGCUAUGUUACAUUUGCUAUUUGUAUAUUACAUGUAUUACUGCCAAAGUAGAUAGUCUCUUCGUAGUAACACCUAGGAACCUAGUUAUACACAUGGCUCAAUCAGCAGACUCAAGUCAGUUUUCAUCUUAAUGGCUUUUUACUUCUGAUAUUUUGAUUUUGACUGUGAGUAGUGUUUGUGUUACCAUGGUUAUGUGCAAGUUAUGUGUGCAAUAUCACAGCCAGUGUCUACAAAGUCUACCUAUGCAGGGAGAAGCUGAAAGAAUUGUUCAAGUGAUUUAUUCAAUGAGAUAUUAAAUCAAAAUAAUUGCCUUUUUGUGAGCCAAACGUAGUGAUUUACAUUCUCCAAAGGAGAAAUAUUUGUGCAAUAUUUAGAUUGAAUCUGAUGCCUGGAUGGCCUUUUUCCUCGUCUGACUGUUUUUUGUUGAAUGUUAAAGACGUCUCGAGAAGACGAUGUAUCAGCUGUAUGUAGUGUUAAGCCCCUGUUACCAGAUUGCAACGGUCAGACUGUCAUUAGAGUAACUGUCAAAUCAUGAAAUGAUUAAUGAAGACGUUCUGGAUAUCAAGUAGAUAAUAGUUUAGAAUGUUCUGGGAGAGGUGUGCGCUGUUGCACAGGGUAACAUAGAGCUAAGAAGCUGCCGUAGAAGAAUCUCGCAAUGUCCUUAAAUGAUCUCAAUACUGAGUUUGCAAUUAUGACGCUCAUGCAGUCUAGUUCACUUACUGACCGCAUCUGCGAUUCAUUCAUCUAUUAGUCCCAUUUUAGGGUUAUAAUUGGUUCUAAAGUACAUAUAGCAAGACAUUCAUUUAAUAUUUGUGUGCACUUAUUGAAAACAUGUCAGGAGAUAGUCCUGUGGACAGAAGUAAGAUAAGUGAAGCAACUAAACUCUAGAUACCUGUGAAUCUGUGAUUUCUGAUAAUUAAAAUGGCGGCACCAACAUGUUCCGUGGUGGUGUUCCACGAUGGGCGGACCACGGAGCAGGUGGAGCAGCUUCAUCAACUGUUGUGUGGUGUUGGUGGUUGUGUGUGACACAGCUGUAACCUCGGGAUGGUUGUGGUUCUACCGUGCCUAUGCUGCGAAGGCCUUCCACUUCUUGCUAUCUGGUGUGCCCCAGGUGUCGAUCCUAGUGUUGUGUCAAUGUCCAUACAAAUAGAUGUUUAUAACUGGCCUCAGAUGUCAAUACUAGCCUUAUCAAGGUAUUCAUAAAAGUGCAUAUAGAUGUACAUGUAUAUGACUAGUCUUAGAUGUCAAUACUAAUCUUGUCAAGGUAUCCAUACCAGCUUAAGUGUAGACCUAUAUGACUAGUCUCAGAUGUCAAUACUAGCCUUAUCAAGGUGUCCAUACUAGCUUAAGUGUAGACCUAUAUGACUAGUCUCAGAUGUCAAUACUAGCCUUAUCAAGGUGUCCAUACUAGCUUAUGUGUAGACGUAUAUGACUAGUCUCAGAUGUCAAUACUAAUCUUGUCAAGGUAUCCAUACUAGCUUAAGUGUAGACCUAUAUGACUAGUCUCAGAUGUCAAUACCAGCCUUGUCAAGGUGUCCAUACUAGCUUAAGUGUAGACGUAUAUGACUAGUCUCAGAUGUCAAUACUAGCCUUAUCAAGGUGUCCAUACUAGCUUAUGUAUAGACGUAUAUGACU